UGCAUUAACACAACACUAAUGCAGUAAAUGGUUUAAGGGUUUAGAAUCUGAGUGUUUCCUCUGAUCGUCAGAGAGGAUCUCUGCAGCCUCAGGUGGACCUGGUCCUGGUUCAGGUCUGAUCUGAAGUCAGUGGGUCUGUCUCUUAAUCUGCAGCAGAUGCUAGCUGCUAGCUGUUAGCUGCUGCGGCUCAUGGCUAAAGGCUAAAGCUAAAGGUUUCUGGUUCUUUGAAGUCCUGGACCAGAACCAGGACCUGGACCAGAGUAAGUCCAACUCACAACUGGAGCAAAACAGGAAGAAAUUAAAAAAUAAAGUUCUAUCUCACCUGUUCCCGCCAGCAGCAGCCACAUGACUACACCCCCCAUCAUGCACCGCUCCUGAGCUGAGUCUGUGAUUCUGCGCUAAAACCGCACCUGACCUGGCGCUAUGACAGAGGCGGAAAGCUGCCGGAGGCUAGCGCGAGAGAGACCGGAAAUGAGGACCUUGGCCUUCAAAAUAAAACACAACAAUUCGUCAUACAAAAAUAACUCGGAAUAAUUGAUGAAAAUCAAAGAAUCAAAGAAUUAUCCGAGGUUUAGUGUUUUUGAUUGUUGUCUUGAUGCAAGACUAUAAUGAUAUUAAAAAAUCUUUUUAAAACACCUAAAAAUAACAAUAACAAUUCUCAAACAAUAAUUUUCAAUGUAAGAAAGAGAAUAAGAAACAUAUGUCAUCCUAAUGAUAGAGAAAUAACUUCAAUGUAAGAUACAAGGAAACAAAAGGAACAAAACAAAUGAGGGUUUUUAAAGGAUGAAUCUAGAAGAAUAAGGUGCACCGUGAAUAAAGUUUUUGUUUUCUUGUUUUUCUGUUUUCAUGUCACUCGAGAGAGCUGUACUGCGUUUUAUUUUGAAAGUCAUAACAGGAUGUGUCGGUGUCCAUUCUCUUGGCGUUGACGCUGUCGGUGAUCCCUGGGAUUCCCGUUAAUAUUCCGACUUUCCUUCAUCAUUUUCUGUGUUUUUGCAGCUGUGUGUAAGCCGGGGAGCUGCUCCGGGUCUCUGCCGGGCUGUCGCGCGUCUCGGCCGGCCUGCAGGAGCAGGUGCAGUCGGUGUCGGGCGGUGCGGAUGCGGGUUUUCUCCAGGGUUUGGAUGCGGACUGACGGUGAUAAAUCGGCGCCGUAAUCUCCGGAUUUCAGCUGGAAACAGCGAACAGACGGCGGCGGGAAUCAGCGGAGGGAUUUUCUGAGGCUUCGUUUGAAGAAUUACCUCAAAUUUCCACCGACGGUCGGUUAUUGACCAACUGACGGAACCAGCCGAACCUGGGUCAGAACCACACAGAUUACAGACUCCUCACGCUCCCGACUCAAAGCUCUUUAAUGUUUGUACAGGAGCAUGUGCUCUCUGCACAUUAUAUAUUCAUAUCUGAUAUUAAUAUGACACCGGAGCAGCUUCCUGUAACCUUCACAGCUGAGGAUGUUCUGUGUCUGUGCAGAAAACGUUCACAGGAAGAUUCUACAGAACGUUUUCUUUAACUAGAAAUGUCCCUGCGGGCUCCUGUACCUCCUGUCCGUCACAUUUAAAAUAACUAUUAGAUAUAAAACAGAAAUAGUGUUAGAAAAGGUUCAAAUCACUUUUAUUUGAGUAAUAUCACAAUGUGAAGUUGUUUUAGAAAAAUUACAUGUUUAAAUUUUUUAAUUGAAAGUGUAAAAGUGUAAUUUGUCACCAAAUAUCAACAGUCACUGUUUCACUAAAGAAUUUCGCAUUAGAACAAAUAGUUUUAUGUGUUUACUAAGAUUCACAUUCAUUUAACUGUAGGUGUAUUAAUAUAUGGAAGGUUAAUAGCAACUUUACUGUAAUAUGUUUUUAGUGGAACGUGAUACAGAAACAAAUUUGAUAUAUAUCCUAUUUGUAUCAUAAUGUGUGGUAGUUUAAAAUAUCCUAUAAAAUCUAUUUAUUUAUUUAUAUAUAAUUAUAUUAUUAUAUAAAUACAUUUUUGGAUUUAGGAAAUUAUUUUAUUGACAUUACAAAUAAAUAUUUUAAGUUUUGUAUUAAGUGAAAAUAUUCUACUCACAUGAUCUGUAAGAUCGUAGUAGUUCUAAAAAAAUCUGAUUGAUUAAUGGUUAUCUGAUCAACAGCAGCCAGUCGCUACAGUCAGUGUUUGUUGGUGUUAAGCUUUAGUUUAUUUAGAGCAACAUUAUAUUUCGAAGGUCAGCAGCUAAAAUAUUUGAACAUUUCAAACAUAAACUGACAAAAUUAGGUUCAUUGUAGUAGAAGUAAUUUUCCUGUCAUUUCAAACACUUUAAAGGUGACGCCUGAAGAUUUAAAGGGACAGUGCACAGUUUGAUUCAUCUGUAAGAGAUUAGAGCCACAGAAACAGAACAGGACGUGACGUUCUGAUGGUAGCUAAACGUUUGUAGCACAAACAACAAACAACAGACGUGUGUAUACAUAUAUAUAUAUAUAUAUAUAUAUAUGUAUGUAUAACAGUAUAUUGAUCUAACUCAGCCUUAACAUUUACAGUUUAUCAUUUAACUGAAAAAAACAGUGACUGAAACCAUAAGUUUAAACUCUUUUAAUGAGUUUGUUUUGUAAAUGAAUUUUGUAAUUAUGGGAAGUGUAGUUGGACGUUGCUCUGGUAAAGAGACUACAGUGAUGGACUACAGGACCCAUCAGUGUUAGGACCAGCUGCAGGUUUUGGAUGGACACGGAUCCGCCGGUCUCCGUGUUCGUACAGGAGAGGGUUUUUGAUGUGACAUCAUUGUGGGACCGGACAGACCCGCUCGGACCGGACCAGACCGGAUCAGACAUUAGUUUUUGUUUGUUGAUGGGUGUUUGACGUGGCGUUGGCGGCUCUGAGGGAACAUGUCGGAUAAGACGGCGCCUCGCUGCCAGCUGAGGCUGGAGUGGAUCCACGGCUACAGAGGUCACCAGUGUCGAAACAACCUGUACUACACCGCAGGGAAGGAGGUGGUGUACUUUGUGGCCGGGGUGGGCGUGGUCUACAACACCCGAGAACACACCCAGAAGUUCUACCUGGGACACAAUGAUGACAUCAUCAGUCUGGCGAUCCAUCCAGAUAAGAUCCAGGUGGCGACGGGUCAGGUGGGGAAGGACCCGUACAUCUGUAUCUGGGACACCUACGCCAUGCAGACCGUGUCCAUCCUGAGGGACGUCCACACACACGGAGUGGCCUGUCUCGCCUUCGACUCUGACGGACAGCGGCUGGCAUCAGUCGGUCUGGACGCCAAGAACACGGUGUGUGUUUGGGACUGGAGGAGAGGACGAGUCCUCGCCACGGCAACCGGACACUCAGACAGAAUCUUUGACGUGGCCUGGGAUCCGUUCCAGUCCAGCCGGUUGGUCAGCUGUGGAGUCAAACACAUCAAGUUCUGGACUCUCUGUGGGAACGCUCUGACGCCGAAGCGAGGGAUCUUCGGGAAGACGGGCGACCUGCAGACCAUCCUGUGUGUCUCUACAGCCAAAGACGAGCUGACGUACUCCGGAGCUCUGAACGGAGACAUCUACGUGUGGAGAGGCAUCACUCUGAUCAGGACCGUGCAGGCUGCACACGGGGCAGGGAUCUUCAGCAUGCACGCCUGUGAGGAAGGCUUCGCCACCGGGGGACGAGACGGCUGCAUCAGACUGUGGGACGUCGACUUCAAACCCAUCACCAAGAUCGACCUGAGAGAGGCCGAGCAGGGAUACAAAGGUCUGUCGAUCCGCAGCGUUUGCUGGAAGGCAGACCGGAUCCUGGCGGGCACUCAGGACAGUGAGAUCUUCGAGGUCAUGGUCCGAGACCGGGACAAACCGGUUCUACUGAUGCAGGGUCACAGCGAGGGCGAGCUGUGGGCUCUCGACCUGCAUCCCAAACAGCCGGUCGCCGUCACAGGGAGUGAUGAUCGUUCUGUCAGGCUGUGGAGUCUUCCUGACCACACUCUGCUGGCUCGCUGUAACAUGGAGGAAUCGGUUCGCAGUGUUUCCUUCAACAACGACGGCUCUCAGCUCGCUCUGGGGAUGAAGGACGGAUCCUUCACAGUGCUGCGUGUCAGGGACAUGACGGAGGUUGUACACAUCAAGGACAGGAAGGAGGUCAUCCAUGAGCUGAAGUUUUCUCCAGAUGGCUCCUUCCUGGCGGUGGGAUCAAACGACGGCUUGGUGGAUGUCUACGCUGUCGCCCAGCGCUACAAGAAGGUGGGCGAGUGUAGCCGCUCCACCUCCUUCAUCACCCACCUGGAUUGGUCGGUGGACAGCCGCUUCCUCCAGACCAAUGAUGGCGCUGGAGAGCGGCUCUUCUACAGGAUGCCAGCAGGGAAGCUGGUUGCUAAAGAGGAGGCGAAGGGGAUCCACUGGAUGACGUGGACUGGCGUCAGUGGGGCUGAGGUAAACGGCAUCUGGCCCAAAUACUCCAACAUCACCAAUGUCAACUCUGUGGAUGCCAACUACAGCAGUGCCGUGCUGGUGACCGGAGACGACCUUGGCCUUGUUAAACUCUUCAGGUUCCCCUGCCUGAAGAAAGGAGCCAAAUUCAAAAAGUACAUUGGUCACUCUGCCCACGUGACCAAUGUCCGCUGGUCCAAUGACCUGCAGUGGGUCGUCAGCACCGGUGGCGCCGACCACGCCGUCUUCCAGUGGAGGUUCCUGCCUGAAGGCGUCAUGAAUGGCGUCUUGGAGCCUCUUCUCCAAGAGGGAUACGCCGACUCCAACAGCGGAGAGUCAGACUCGGAUGUGUCGGAUGUUCCGGAGCUCGACUCGGACAUCGAACAGGAAGCUCAGACCAGCUACGAACGUCAGGUGUACAAGGAGGACUUGCCUCAGCUGAGGAAAAAGCUGACUGGUUCCCUGAAGCGGCAGAAAGCCCCGGAGGAGGGUCUUCGUCUGCAGUUUGUUCACGGGUAUCGGGGCUUUGACUGUCGUAACAACCUGUUCUACAGUCAGACGGGGGAGGUUGUUUACCAUGUGGCCGCCGUCGCCAUCAUCUACAACCGGCUGCAACACAGUCAGAGGUUUUACCUCGGCCAUGACGACGACAUCCUCAGCCUCACUGUCCACCCGCUCAAAGACUACGUGGCCUCGGCACAGGUGGGCAGAGACCCAGCCGUCCACAUCUGGGAUGUCCAGACCCUGAAGUGUCUGUCACUACUGAAGGGACACCACAGCAGAGGAGUGUGUGCCCUGGAGUUCACAGCGGAUGGGAAGAGUUUGGUUUCGGUGGGAAUCGAUGAUUUUCACUCCAUUGUUAUCUGGGACUGGAAGAAAGGAGAGAGACUGGCCAAGGCCAGGGGUCACAAAGAUAAGAUCUUUGUGGUGAAGAGUAAUCCUUUCAGGAUGGACAAGCUGGUGACUGUCGGCAUGAAACACAUCAAGUUCUGGCAGCAUUCAGGUGGCGGUCUGACGUUUAAACGGGGGAUAUUUGGGAACCUGGGGAAACAGGAGACGAUGAUGUCGGCAUGUUAUGGUCGAUCUGAGGACCUGGUUUUCUCUGGAGCCACAAACGGAGACGUUUACAUCUGGAGAGACACAACGCUCAUCAAGACCAUCAAAGCCCACGACGGCCCCGUGUUCGCCAUGUGCUCCCUGGACAAGGGUUUUGUGACGGGGGGGAAGGAUGGCAUCGUGGAGCUCUGGGACGACAUGUUUGAAAGAUGUUUGAAGACGUACGCCAUCAAGAGAGCUGCUCUGUCUCCGUCCUCUAAAGGUCUCCUGCUGGAGGACAACCCGUCCAUCAGAGCCAUCACUCUGGGUCACGGUCACAUCCUGCUGGGAACAAAGAACGGAGAAAUCCUGGAGAUCGACAAGAGUGGACCCAUGACACUGCUGGUCCAGGGUCACAUGGAGGGGGAAGUGUGGGGUUUGGCGGCUCACCCUCUACUUCCUGUCUGUGCCACCGUCAGCGACGACAAGACUCUGAGGAUCUGGGAGCUGUCAGCCAAUCACCGCAUGGUCGCCGUCCGCAAACUCAAGAAAGGUGGACGCUGCUGCGCCUUCUCUCCUGACGGUAAAGCUCUGGCGGUCGGUCUGAACGACGGCAGCUUCCUGGUGGUGAACGCCGACACUCUGGAAGACAUGGUGACCUUCCACCACCGCAGGGAGCUCAUCUCCGACAUCUGCUUCUCCCAAGAUGCUGGGAAAUACCUGGCGGUGGCGUCCCAUGAUUCCUUUGUGGACAUUUAUAACGUCCUGACCAGUAAGAGAGUUGGCAUCUGUAAAGGAGCCGGCAGCUACAUCACUCACAUCGACUGGGACUCCAGAGGUAAACUGCUGCAGGUGAACACUGGAGCUAAAGAGCAGCUGUUCUUCGAGGCUCCGCGAGGACGUAAACAGAACAUCAGUGUGGCCGAGUUCGAGAAGCUGGACUGGGCGAGCUGGACCUCGGUUCUGGGUCCCACCUGUGAGGGAAUAUGGCCGACGCUCAGCUUCGUAAAUACCGCCUCACUCACCAAAGAUCGCAAACUGCUCGCCACCGGAGACGACUUCGGCUUCCUCAAACUGUUCAGCUUCCCGUCCCGGGGCCAGUUCGCCAAGUUUAAGAAGUACGUGGGUCACAGCACCAACGUGACAAACGUCCGCUGGUCCAAUGAUGACUCCAUGCUGCUGUCGGUGGGCGGGGCUGACACGGCGCUGAUGAUCUGGACCAGAGAACCGCCAGGACACAAAGAGAGUAAAGCCGUGGACAGCGAGGAGUCAGAUGACGACACCGAGGAGGACGGAGGUUACGACAGCGACGUGGCCCGAGAGAAGGUGGUGGACUACGUGACCAAGAUCUACUCAGCCAACAUCAGGAACAUGUCCGGAACCAAACCUCACCUGCAGCACAAAGAGCUUCCUGUGGAGGACAGGCCUCCCGUGAGUCGAGCCGCUCCGCUGCCGGACAAGCUGCUGAGGAACAACGUGACCAAGAAGAAGAAGGUGGUGGAGGAGCUGGUCUUGGAGCACGUCUUCGGCUACAGAGGUUUCGACUGUCGCAACAACCUGCAUUACCUCAACGACGGCGCCGACAUCAUCUUCCAUACUGCCGCCGCCGUGGUGAUGCAGAACCUGUCCGCUGGAACUCAGAGCUUCUACCUGGAACACACUGACGACAUCCUCUGUCUGACCGUCAAUCAGCAUCCAAAGUACCAAAACAUCAUCGCCACCGGACAGAUUGGUGACAUCACUGACCUGCCAGGCCUUGCCCCAUCCAUCCAUGUGUGGGACGCCAUGACAAAGCAGACGCUGUCCAUCCUCCGCUGUUCCCAUGCGAAAGGCGUCGGCUAUGUCAACUUCAGUGCUACAGGGAAGUUGCUGCUGUCUGUAGGAGUGGAACCUGAACACACCAUCACAGUGUGGAGGUGGCAGGAAGGCACCAAGGUGACCAGUAAAGGCGGCCAUGCUGAGCGGAUCUUUGUAGUGGAGUUCAGACCAGACUCUGACACCCAGUUUGUGUCAGUGGGAAUCAAACACAUCAAGUUCUGGACUCUGGUUGGAGGUUCGCUCAUGUACAAGAAAGGUGUGAUCGGCUCGGUGGAGGACGGCCGUAUGCAGACCAUGCUAUCCGUGGCCUUCGGUGCUAACAAUCUGACGUUCACUGGUGCUAUAAACGGAGAUGUGUAUGUGUGGAGGGAGCACUUCCUGGUGCGGGUGGUGGCGAAGGCGCACAGCGGCCCGGUCUUCACCAUGUACACCACCCUGAGGGACGGACUCAUCGUCACAGGGGGGAAGGAGCGACCGACUAAAGAAGGAGGAGCUGUGAAGCUCUGGGACCAGGAGAUGAAGCGCUGCCGAGCGUUUCAGCUGGAGACCGGUCAGCUGGUGGAGAACGUUCGAUCAGUCUGCAGGGGGAAGGGUAAAAUCCUGGUGGGAACCAAAGAUGGAGAGAUCAUAGAAGUUGGAGAAAAGAACGCUGCCUCCAACACCAUGAUCAACGGACACACUCAGGGAGGGAUCUGGGGUUUGGCGACUCACCCUUUCAAAGACGUCUUCAUCUCCGCCAGCGAUGACGGGACGAUCCGGAUCUGGGACCUGGCUGAUAAGAAACUCCUGAACAAGGUAAGUCUGGGUCAUCCUGCCAAGUGCACCUGCUACAGCCCCAACGGAGAGAUGGUUUCCAUCGGCAUGGAGAACGGAGAGUUCAUUGUCCUGCUGGUCAACUCCCUGACCGUGUGGGGCAAGAAGAGAGACCGCAGCGUUGCCAUCCAGGACAUCAGGUUCAGUCCAGACAACCGGUUCUUGGCGGUGGGUUCUGUUGAAAGUGCUGUUGAUUUUUAUGACCUCUCUCUUGGACCGUCCCUCAAUCGGAUCGGUUACUGUAAGGACAUCCCCGGCUUUGUGAUCCAGAUCGACUUCUCUGCUGACAGCAAACACAUCCAGGUGUCCACCAGCACCUACACUCGGCAGGUGCAUGAAGUUCCUACUGGGAAGAUCUUAACAGAGCAGCCCGUCAUAGAGAGGAUCACCUGGGCGACCUGGACCAGCAUCCUGGGUGACGAGGUUCUCGGGGUUUGGCCUCGUAACGCCGAGAAGGCUGACGUUAACUGCGCCUGUGUCUCGCACGCCGGCGUCAACCUGGUGACGGGAGACGACUUUGGCCUCAUCAAGCUCUUUGAUUUCCCUUGCUCCGAGAAAUUUGCAAAACACAAGCGUUACUUCGGCCACUCAGCUCAUGUGACCAACAUCCGCUUCUCCUGUGAUGAUAAGUAUGUCAUCAGUGCCGGAGGCAGCGACUGCAGUUUAUUUGUGUGGAAAUGUCAGUGAGUCCACCUGAGUCCUCCACCGGAGUCUCUUCUUCUUCUCCUCCUGUGAUGCUGCACUCACCUGACGCUUCACCUGAGACUUCACUGGACAGGAAGUGAGCGUUUGAUGCGGAGUGAACUGACUUGGUUCAGAGGUCGCUGCUGUGGUCUUCUUGUACAUUCAGAUGCUUUUAUUGUGAAAGUGUUGAGGUUCCUGUGUUAGUGGUCUGACUCUGAGGAUCUGUAGCUGUGUGAUGUAGCAGUGUUUCUGUUUGUCAGUAUGUGCCUUUCUCACAAACUCUGACCAAACCUUUGAUACAACUUGAUUUAUAAUCGUGGUGCUAUCAGACUUUUACAGCUCGGACCAUAUGAUACUGUCACUGUUUGUUUUUGUAUCUUGUACUGUCUGAUGAUGAGGAUGAUGAGGAGGAUGAUGCAGCGAGUAUUAAAGUAGAGAACAAUAGAGAAAGAUGGAUCUAUGUUUGAUCCCAGUUAUUAAAAACAAAGAUGUGAAAACAGAAAAUAUUUAAAAACAGAAAAAUAAUUCUACCUCAAAACAAAAUAAAGUGAAACUAAAUAAUAUUAAAUAAUAUUUAAGGUAGAAAAUAGAUAUUUAAUAGAAAUAAGUUUUAAUCAGAGUGGACAUCUUUUAUAUUCUGUCCACAUGGUGGCGCUGUGUCUCUGUGUUCGUCUUCUAUAGAAAUAAAACAUGAGGAAACUGAAAGCUGCGUCUUCAUGUGUGGAUUUAAAGGGAAAUUACAACCAAAAUGUUUUGAAGUAUUUACCCUGAGACCUGUUCUGUGAUUCAUAUUAAUAUUCAUUUAUGUUGUUCAGAGUCAGUAAAUGUAAAUCAGUGUUUGUCUUUUAGGAUUCAUCAACUUCAGUUUGUUCUGGUCUCUGACGAGGUCUCAUGACUUUUAAAGGGUCAAAUUAAAAGGUAAUGCACCACAGGUGUGAUAAACUACAGGUGACAGUUCUUCAUUAAAGAUUGAAGUAAAACUCUGAUCCCUGAUUGGCUGGAAAAGGCUCCUCCACAAAGCACCUGAGGAACUUCACCUUUCAGGUGGUUUGAAGUAUAGUUCAGUCCUGAGUGAGGCUCCCAACCAGUGGGCCCACAAAUCAUUUACAGAACAGAACAAUUUUGGUGAAAAAAUGUAAUGAUAAAAAUGUUUUUAAAUGUUAAAAUAAAAUCAUCUUUAAAAACAUUAAAAGUGUUUAAAAACUCCAA